AUGCCAUUUGGAACAAAGCAUCAUUCCUGUGAUGUCCCUGAGAACAACGUCCAGAGUAGGGAAAAUCUCAGUCAGCAUGACAAGAUGCACGUUUGUCAGCAGCCUUUUGAACACAAUGGGAAAGCAAAACAUUUCAUCAGGAAGAAGUUACUCGUUACGUCUGAGAAAGUUUACAUCCAUGACCCAUGUAAUAAGCAGGCUGUCAAUUGUGUAGAAAAAAUUCAGGUUGAUUGGAAAAUGUUUCAUAACAAUCCUAACUUUGGCACACAUCAGCAAACACAAUCAGGAGAGAAACUGCAUGAACGUUUCAAGAGUGAGAAAUCUCUUGUGUAUGAAACAGAUGUGAAAGUAAAUCAGAUUACCCAAGCAGGAAGACAUCAGUGUAUAUGUGGCUACUGUAAAAAAUCUUUUAGCUAUGAAUCUCACCUUACAACCAAUCAGAGAACUGACAUAGGAGCAAGUUUCUAUAUGUGUAAUGAAUGCAAAGAAAACAUGUGUCAGAAGUCAGAACUCACUGGAGAUCAGAUACUUCAGACUGGAGAGAAGGCAAAUGAAUGUGCUGAGGUUGGAAAAGCCUUUUACCAGCAAUUAUCUCUCAAUAGACAACAGAGAAUCCACACUGGUGAAAAGCCUUAUGAUUGUAGUGAGUGUGGAAAAGUUUUUAUUCAGAGGUUAUCCCUAAUUAGACAUCAGCGAAUCCACACUGGGGAAAAACCUUAUGUAUGUAGUGAGUGUGGCAAAGCUUUUACUGCAAAGUCAUCCCUAAUAACACAUCACAGAAUCCACACUGGGGAAAAGCCUUAUGAAUGUAGCGAGUGUGGUAAAGCUUUUUCCCAGAAAUCACAGCUAAUCAGACAUCAGAGAAUCCACACUGGGGAAAAGCCUUAUGAAUGUAGCCAGUGUGGAAAAGCCUUUUCCCAGAAGUCACAACUAAGCUCACAUCAGAGAAUCCACACUGGGGAAAAGCCUUAUGAAUGUAGCGAGUGUAGAAAAGCUUUUUUCCGGAAAUCACAUCUAACUUCACAUCAGAGACUCCACACUGGGGAAAAGCCUUAUGAAUGUAGCCAGUGUGGUAAAGCCUUUUCCCAGAAGUCACAACUAAUCAGACAUCAGAGAAUCCACACUGGGGAAAAGCCUUAUGAAUGUAGCCAGUGUGGAAAAGCUUUUUUGCGGAAAUCAGAGGCAAUCAGACAUCAGAGACUCCACACUGGGGAAAAGCCUUAUCAAUGCAGCCAGUGUGGAAAAGCUUUUUUCUUCAAAUCAGAGCUAAUCAGACAUCAGAGAAUCCACUUGCGGGAAAACCCUUAUCAAUGCAGCGAGUGUGGAAAAGCUUUUUUGUGGAAAUCAGAGCUUAUUAGACAUCAGAGAAUCCACACUGGGGAAAAGCCUUAUGAAUGUAGUGAGUGUGGAAAGGCUUUUUUCCGGAAAUCACAGCUAAGCUCGCAUCAGAGAAUCCACACUGGGGAAAAGCCUUAUGAAUGUAGCGAGUGUGGAAAAGUUUUUUUGUGGAAAUCAAAGCUAAUCAGACAUCAGAGAAUCCACACUGGGGAAAAGCCUUAUGAAUGUAGCGAGUGUGGAAAAGCUUUUUUCCGGAAAUCAGAGCUAAUCAGACAUCAGAGAGUCCACACCGGUCACCCUUACGAAUAUAGUGAGUGUGGAAAAGUUGUUUUCUGGGAAUCAGAGCAAAUCAGACAUCCGAAAAUCCACAGUGAAAAGCCUUAUGAGGGUAAACACUGUGGAAAAGCUUUUUCCUGGAAAUCACAUCUAAACUGUACAUCAGACAAGCCACUUGGGGGGAAAGCUUGA